GAUCAAAUCUCCUCAUCUCCGAACAGUGGUUUCUGCUCGAUCGAUGGCUCAGCUUGGUCUGAGGAGAGCGGUUGAACCAUGUACUUUGAAGAUUUCAUGGCAUCAUGCAGUGAGUCUUCUCUGAUCUCUGAUGCUACUUCGUAUACUGCAUGGAAGCCAUCGGAGAGCAACGGAUGCAGGAAGCUGCGUUUGAAGAAGAGGAAGCAGAGGAACUUCGUGGAUGAUGACGACCCUUUGGGAGAUACUGCUACCUCUCCUUUUGAUAGUUUCAAGGAUUGUGAAUUAAGGGACGUAUCUACGAACAGAAGGAAGAAAGAUGAUCCCAGCAUAUCUUCGCAGGAGGAGGAUACUGGUUGCAGAAAUGAAAGGGAAUCGGAAAACGAAAAUGUAUUUGAAUUCAUAGAGAGAUCGAAUAGAUGUGCAGAUCUGAACAAAAGGGGGCUUUGCUUGGUUCCAUUUUCCCUCUUAGGAUGCUAUCUUCGAUAAAUAUC